AUGUGGUUCAUUCUAUGGUUCAUUCGCGGUUCAUUCUGUGAUUCAUUCUGUGGCUCAUUCGCGGUUCAUUAUGUGGUUCAUUCUGUGGUUCUUUUCAUGCCGGCACGGCAGCUAGGGGCGGGAACAGGCCUGUGUGGGAUUCUCUGUGCCAAGCUUGGCGCACAAGUCACUCUCACAGACGCCCACUCGCAGACCCAGGUUCUCUCCAGCCUGCAUCAAGUAGCAGAGCUGAAUGGGUUCUCCUGUAGGGGAGUGGAGGCCUGUUCAGCAUCAGGAAAAGAAUCUGGGGAAUAUCGGGAGCGUGUUGAAUCAGGGAAACUUGGGGAAUUUGAACAAGCAUCCUCACUGCCUGAUGGGGGUGUGAGCGUGGAGCCACUCACCUGGGGCGACAUGUCUCACCAGGUCUUUCAGCUGCCCCCUGCUGACGUCAUUAUAGGAGCAGACGUGCUCUAUGAUGCUUCAGCCUUUGACCCUCUCCUCUCCACGGUGCAUCUUCUCCUAGGGUUGAAACGAGGCUCAGUCUUCAUUACAGCCUAUCAAGCACGCAG